GGGCAGCGCAGCGAAAACAAAGAUGGCGGCCGCGCCGGGGUCGGGGGCCGUGGCGGCUGCGGGGCGACGCGCGGGUCGGACCCACUGAAGCUGCAGCGCAGGAAGCUGGGCUGCUGGGUCGCGGCGGCGGCGAGAGGGCAGCGGGAGCGCGCGGCGCCCCUAACCUCCAGCCGCGGGAGCGCGCCCGCACCCGCCCGUCGGGCCGGCCCGCCGCGAUGUCCGGCGUAGAAGAGGCCGGCGGGGGCGGCCCGGCCACAGGGCCCCCCGGCGCCGUGCCGGCCGGGGCCGGGGCGGCCGCGGGGUCGGCGGCGGCGCUGGGAGAGGCGGCAGGGCCCGGAAUUCCGGACGAGGCGGGGCUGGCCGGCGCCCGGCAGCUGCAGGAGGCGGCCGGCGACCCCGACGCACCGCCCAAGAAGCGGCUCCGGGCGGCCGAGGCGGCCGAGGCGGCGGCGGGCAGCGGGAAGCUGGAGGAGCGGCUCUACUCGGUGCUGUGCUGCACCGUCUGCCUGGACCUGCCCAAGGCCUCCGUGUACCAGUGCACUAACGGUCACUUGAUGUGCGCUGGCUGUUUUAUCCACCUACUAGCAGAUGCCCGGCUGAAGGAGGAGCAGGCCACGUGCCCCAAUUGUCGCUGUGAGAUCAGCAAGAGCCUCUGCUGCCGCAACCUGGCCGUGGAGAAGGCCGUGAGCGAACUGCCCUCCGAGUGCGGCUUCUGCCUGCGCCAGUUCCCCCGCUCCCUGCUGGAGAGGCACCAGAAAGAGGAGUGCCAAGACAGGGUGACCCAGUGCAAGUACAAACGCAUCGGCUGCCCGUGGCACGGCCCCUUCCACGAGCUGACAGUUCACGAGGCCGCAUGUGCCCACCCAACCAAGACGGGCAACGAGCUGAUGGAGAUCCUGGGCGAGAUGGACCAGAGCCUCCGCAAGGAGAUGCAGCUGUACAACAGUAUAUUCAGCCUGCUCAGCUUUGAGAAGAUCGGCUACACAGAGCCAGGGCAAGAAGAGCACUCGUCACGUUGGGUCCUGCCUGUAGGCGUUCACCGCAGUGGCCAGAGGCCUCACGAGGCCAGCAAGAAGAUGCUCAGGGCCAGGGCUCCAGAGCAAGCUGAGCAGGCGCAGCUCAAAAGGCAGAGCUGGGAGUGGAGCACACUCAGGCCCACUGGAUCUCAUGGGCUCUCCUGGCCACUGCGUCUGCCUUCGGACAUGCUGGGGACUAGCAGCCAAGCCAGAGCCUGGUCCAGAUGUGAACAUCAAGAAGUACCUACUGAUGCUGGGGCCGCUCAGGGAGACCUCCGGCCCUCUGCUGCCCACCCACGCCGGGUGGCCGGCCCAGAGCAUCAAUGGCGGUCAUUGGCAGCCAGUCACACCACGCUGCCUGGAUGGGACCUGGCUCGGUGUGGGCCUUCACAGGCCUGAGAGGCUGAGGGCCCAGGGCCUCAGCCACAGAAGACCACGGCCCCUGGUUAGUUGCAGCCUCAGUCUCCCUUGUGGGCACCGUGGCACAGACAGGCCAGGCCAGGCCUCACAGGUCUGGGCUGGCCAAGGCGUCGUGACUUGGGCGGUGUCGGGGCAGGGAGCCCUGUCCAUACAGGAAGGACUGGCCGCUUCCAUGGAGGGACAAGCCAGCCGUGGGCACGGGCUGUGCUGAGAGGACUGUGUGGUGGCAGUCGCCCACUGACUGACGCCAGCCCUGCAGGCAGAGCCCAGCAGGGGGCCACACAACACGGUCUGACUCUGGCCAACACACGCACCAGCCUGCCGCCGGCUUUCUGGCAGCUCUGUAUGGGAACCAAUAAAGCGUACUUGUUCUCAGAACUGCA